AAUAUUUUUUUCCUAUUUAUAUAUAUUUUUUGGCCGUUCGGUGACAGUCCUGCGCAUUCACGCGCUGACUUUAUUUCCUGGUCUGGGGUCGGUGCCUCAUCCUUAAACACUCUGUCCGCGGUGACGUCAGAGACGGAAAUAAACAAACGAAUCGUCGGAAAGCGCUGCGGAGACGCUUUUCUGUGCCAAAAUGUCGAUUUCCAACCCGAGACAGGUGUUCCACAACCCGGUGAUCCCCUUCGCUGGGACCAUCCUGGGGGGGUUCCUACCGGGUGAGAUGGUUCUGAUCCAGGGCUCUGUGCCGUCCGAUGCUGACAGGUUCCAGGUGGACUUCACAUGCGGUAGCAGCGUGAUGCCGCGGGCCGACGUGGCGUUCCACUUCAACCCGAGGAUCAAAAAGUCGUGCAUCGUGUGCAACACACUGACGAAGGAGCGCUGGGGCCACGAGCAGAUCCACUACGAGAUGCCCUUCAGGCUCGAGGUCGACUUCGAGCUCAUCAUCCUCAUCCUCAAAGACCAGUUCAAGGUGGCGGUGAACGGCGCCCACCUGCUGGAGUACAAACACCGAGUGGUGCUGGAGCGCGUCGACACCAUCAGCAUCUCAGGAAAGGUCAAAGUACAGGCAGUGGGUGUCCUCCCCCCGAGCUCGAGCUCCGCCUCUCCUGCCGGCAGUCUGACCAAUCAGGACGCAGAGAUGAGCCUAAGAGCAGAUGCACAAACUCAGCCGGUCAUCUCCUCAUCAGGUGACUUGAGCAUCCCCUUCAGAGGUCACCUGGUUAACGGCCUGAGCGUCGGACGCAGCAUCAUCAUCAAAGGAGAAAUCAAUCAGAACGCAGAGAGUUUCUGCGUGAACCUGAGGCCGGCGAGCGGCUCCGACAUCGCGCUCCAUCUGAACCCUCGUAUGAAGAAACGCGUCUUCGUCAGGAACUCCUUCCUGUCAGACUGCUGGGGCCUUGAGGAGACGGCGCUCGCCUCCUUCCCCUUCAUCGCUGGGCAGUACUUUGAGAUGAUCAUCUGGUGCGACUCGCAGCACUUCCGAGUCGCUGUGAAUGGCCAGCACCAGCUAGACUACAAGCACCGCCUGAAGGAGCUGAGCGCCGUCAGCCAGGUGGAGGUGAGAGGAGACGUGACGCUGCUCGCUGUCAGAGUGCUCUGAGCGGCAGCUCGCCAUCAUCAAACCCAGUGACGCCUCCACCGUGACCAAUCAGCAUUUAAGAUUCUUUCCUUUUACCACAAUCACCUGGAACAUUUUCAAAAUAAAAGUGUCAUUA